AUGGAAAACAUAUCUGAAGUCCCUAAAACACAAGCAGCACUAGAGAAGACACUUAACAAGAGGUUAGAUAAGUUUGAAGCGAGACGAGAGGGGUCAUCAAAGGAGUUGAGCGUGAAAGACCUUGGGUCUUCUUCUGACUACAUCAACUUCAACAAUUUUGUUUAUUCAACAUUUACAUUACUGCGGCAGCAAAUUAAUCAACUAAUUGUUGAUGUUGAUGCCAUUGAAAGUAGACACAGAAAGAAGUUUCUGCUGUUAGGAGGAGUGGUCGAGAAUAGCAACGAGAAUGUACGCGAAUUAGUAGCUUCAGUCAUCUCAAAGAACCUUGGUAUCAACAAUUGUUCCGAUCAAUCGCUGCACGUAUGUUAUCGUCUUGGCAGAAUAUCUAAUGGCAGUUCUCGUCCAAUUCUCAUAAAAUUUAAUCUUCAUUACGACGAGAAGUAUGGGCCAAAAAAGUUUUGCUCAAGAGUAGCCCAUAUGUAA